AACUCUCGACAGAUGGCCACAGGCUCACACAGGCGCGCCUCAGCGCAGAACCAAAGAGCAAGAACAGUGCUACUCUCAGUCACAGUACUCGUUUUUAUGUUUUAUGGAGUCUAACUUGGACUAAAUAACAAUAGUAGUAACAGCUGAGCAUUUAUACUCGCAGAUAACUAAGUUAAUAAGCAACAAGAAAUCGAGAAAUACGUGCGGUCUGCUCCAGUGUUUGUGUAUGUAGAUUUAGUCGUGCCUGGACGCGUCGUGAGCGCGCAUGUCAGGUUCGCUCCUGCAGAGAUCCUGCUCGUCGCUCGGCUCUCCCGGUUAAUCGCAGAGAUGGUGUUGACAGCGAGAGGCGGCGGACGCUCCGUUUUACAUGUUUGAGUAGAUGACACGACCGGCUGAAAUUACAUUCACACGGGACGAGCCGCGCUCCUCCGACACACUCCGCUUCGCCCUGGAAGAGAGCUUCCAGGCCGAGGACAGCGUCAAUAUUACUGAUGGAAUUCCCACUCGUCGCUAGAUGGAGAAACCUAAAGGGUGGACUCGUUAUAAAUAAUUAAAAACCAUUUGCUGCUAACAUAUCAACAAAAUGCAUCUGCACCAGGUGCUGACUGGGGCUGUGAACCCGGGAGACUGCUGCUACUCGGUGGGAAGCGUGAAUGACAUUCCGUUCACGGCCUAUGGUUCGGGCUGUGACGUGGUGAUCUUGGCCAGUGACUUUGAGUGUGUACAGAUCAUCCCCGGAGCCCAGAACGGAAACAUCCAGGUGGGCUGUGUGGAGUGUUCCCACCAGCUCGGAAGGAUCGCUGCCUCUUACGGAAACACAGUCUGCAUCUUUGAGCCUCUCUUGACCAACCCAAACAAACGCCACAAGCUUAACUAUCAGUGGCAAAAGACUGGACAGUUCUUCCUCGAUGCCAUCACCUACAACCUGGCCUGGGACCCUCAAGGGAACCGUAUCCUAGCAGCCACAGAGAGGCUCCAGCUGUGGGCCCCUCCCCUCGCAGACGCUCUGAUCGAGGAAGAGGACGGUCAGGCCACAGACGACAAACACCACCCCGUCCUCAACGACUGGAACUGUGUCUGGCAGUGCAAAACUGCUGCGUCUAUUCAUGUCGCCAAGUGGUCUCCAGAUGGGGAAUAUUUCGCUACAGUUGGAAAGGAUGACUGUUUACUCAAAGUGUGGUACCCGUCCACCGGGUGGCGCUCCGCUGUGGUGGUCCAGGACCCGUCUGAUAAAAAGGCUGCCUCUGUGCACUUCUCCUUCGUUUAUCUGGCACAUCCCCGAUCGGUCACUGGGAUGUCCUGGAGGAAGACCAGCAAGUUUAUGCCCAAGGGCUCUGUGUGCAAUGUCCUGCUGACGUCGUGUGAGGAUGGUGUGUGCCGGCUGUGGUCUGAGACCCUGCUCCCAGAGGACAGUCUCCUCGGGGGGCAGAUUUCUGAGAACUCACAGUCCUACAGCUCCAGUCUGCCUGGGCUCGGAGGGAAGGACAAAAUACAACAUGCCUUGGAGUCGAUCCACCACUUGAAGCACCUGCGCAGAGGCCGGAGGCGGUCCUCUGCUCUCGUCACCCACAGUGAGCUGCUGCCCUCUCAGCUCGGCACCCACGACCCGCACACGCACAGGCACCUGGCACACCACGGCAACGCCCUCUGCCACUUCCACAUCUCCGCCAGUAUUAACCCAAACACAGAUAUUCCGUCCCUGGCAGAUGCUGCAGCGUUUAACUCUGAUGAUGGCUCUGGGGGCGGGGGCUUCGUGGUGCACUGGCUCAACAAUAAGGACCUAAGCUUCACUUCCUCUAUGGACCUGUUUAUGCUGCAGCUCCGCAAGUUUACGGAGCACCAUCUAGAACAAGCCACUGACGACCCGCUAGACCCUGACGGAUCCCCUAUGAAAUUUGAAUUUGAUCUAGAUGAGAUGUCUGACAAAGCGUCCUCUGAGCACGGAGAGGAGACAGAGCCAGGGGAGCAGGGCAGCACCAAAGCCUCGUCCCCAGGCUCCAGCUCCAGCCUGCCCCUGCCCUCUAUGCUCCUGGAGAGGAAGAUGGAGACGCUGAUGACCGAGUGGAACAAAAGUCCUGACAUGCUCUUCACCAUUCACCCGGUGGACGGCUCUUUUCUGGUGUGGCACGUCAAGUAUCUGGACGAGUUUAACCAGGGCAUUUUCAGACAGGUUCAGGUCUCUUUCUCCUCUCGUAUUCCUGUGGCAUUUCCCACCGGCGACGCCAACUCUCUGAGUAAAAAUAUUCUGAUGUACGCCUACACUCUGACAGAGGGGGAGAGCGGUGGGACCGGGGAGCAGGGGAGGAGCACACAGCGCCUGCCCCGCUCUGCCUCAGCCUCCGCCGGGCUCACUUCACUGGGCAUGAACCCUUCCAGCUCCCAGCCCAUCACCAGCCCCGCAGUCAUGAUGGUCUCCAAGCACGUGGACGGAUCCCUCAACCAGUGGGCGGUGACAUUUGCAGAGUGCUCGGCCUUCUCAAACGUGCUCAACGUGUCUCAUAAGUUUCGUUACUGUGGUCACCGAUUCCACCUGAACGACCAGUCCUGCCACACAGUGCUCCCCCUGCUGCUCACCUCGUCACAUCACAACGCCCUGCUGACCCCGCCCUCUGCACCUGGCAGCAUGGAGGGCGAGCAACCGCCUACGCUGCCAAUACCCAAAGGACUGCCCAGGAAGCAGCUUCGUAAUGCAGCUACUCGCACCUUCCAUGACCCGAAUGCCAUUUACAGUGAACUGAUCCUGUGGAGGGUGGACCACAUCGGGCCCCUGUCCUGCACUGGGGGGGUCUCUGAACUCGCCCGCAUCAACUCUCUCCACACCUCUGCCUUCAGCAACGUGGCGUGGCUGCCCACUCUCGUCCCCAGCACAGUCCUUGGGACUUACUGUAACAGUGCCAGUGCCUGCUUCGUAGCUUCAGAUGGAAAAAAUCUCCGCCUCUACCAAGCUGUGGUGGAUGCCAGGAAACUACUAGACGAGUUGUCGGAUCCAGAAACCUCUAAACUGGUGGGCGAAGUGUUCAACAUUGUGAGCCAACAGUCUACAGCCAGGCCUGGAUGUAUCAUUGAGUUGGAUGUCAUUACAAACCAGUGUGGGUCCAACACUCAGCUGCUGCAUGUCUUCCAAGAGGACUUCAUUCUUGGGUACAAACCUCCGAAAUCAGAAGCGACACCACCAACAUUUGGUGAUGGAGAUUACCAGCCUCCUCCAUUUUCUGAGAAGUUUUUCCUGGUUGUGAUCGAAAAGGAUUUGAAUAGGAACUCUGUGCUUCAAAUGUGGCACCUUCAUCUCCAGUCUGUCCAGGCCUGUGUUGAUGAGAAGAGUCCAGUCUACAGCUUUCAGAGUCAGCUCAUGGUUCCUAAUCAGACUGUGAACCCAGACUCGUCUCCAGAGUCGUCUCCCAUCAGACCUCUGCCUCGCUCGGCCUCCACCGCAAACCUCCAGUCUGCCAGUAAACUCAUCCUCAGCUCCAAACUGGUCUACAGCAAACGUCUGGACCUGCCGCAUGGCGUGGAGGUCACCAGGGCAACGCCAUCUGCAGGUCAUUUGAGCUCCUCCUCCAUCUACCCCGUGUGCUUGGCUCCGUACCUGAUCGUCACCACCUGCUCGGACUCCCACGUGCGGUUCUGGCACUGUGCUGUAGAAGGCGCCGACGAGGGCUAUGGGGACGACCAGCAGGACAGCCGCGUGUACCGGUGGGAGCCCUGGGCCUUAAUGAACGAAGAAGAAGACAACAACAGUGCAGUCUCAGUCUCAGGACGUCCUGUAGCUGUGUCCUGCUCGUAUAUCGGCAGACUGGCUGUGGCGUUUAAGCAGCAGAGACAGACGCAGUUUAAUUGUGCUCAGGACUUCUCGAUGCAUGUGUCGAUCUACGAGUGUGAGUCGACCGGGGGCUCGGAGUGGGUCCUGGAGCAGACCAUUCACCUAGACGAAAUAACCAGACCCACCUCCACACUGGACCCCAGAGUCAGCGUGGACUCCAACCUCUUUGUCUACAGCAGGUCUGAUCUUUACAUGAGCAGAGACCACACCUCUCCCAACAUCAAGCACUACGUCCACCUAGACUGGCUCUCCAAAGAGGACGGCUCCCACAUCCUCACUGUGGGCGUCGGCUCCAACAUCCUCAUGUACGGGCGCAUCUCCGGCGUGGUCAACGAACAGACCAGCAGCAAGGACGGAGUCGCAGUCAUCACCCUUCCUCUCGGGGGCAGCAUAAAACAGGGCAUUCGCUCACGGUGGAUUCUACUACGCUCAAUAGACUUGUUAUCUUCAGUAGAUGGGACUCCUUCGCUGCCUGUGUCUCUGUCUUGGGUUCGAGAUGGUAUUUUAGUGGUGGGAAUGGACUGCGAGAUGCACGUUUACGCUCAAUGGCGCCAGGACAUUAAACCAGGCGAUGGCGAUGAGGGGAACCUGUCCUCGGCGGAUAUUUCAGGAGGCCAGAAUCCAGUUUUUGAAGGGAGAGCCCGGUCUAAGAGUGUGUUUGAGACCAGUGCCGCUGUAGACGAGGCGCUAAGAGCUCCAGCGGGUCUACAGGAGGGGGGUCUGUUUGAAGCAGCUCACUCACUUUCUCCCACCCUCCCCCAGUACCACCCCACGCAGCUGCUCGAGCUUAUGGAUCUGGGCAAAGUGCGGCGAGCCAAGGCUAUUCUUGCUCACCUGGUGAAGUGCAUUGCGGGUGAGGUUGCCGUGGUGAGGGACGUGGAGGCGGGGGAGGGCGGGUCCAGGCGCCAUCUGUCCCGCACCAUCAGUGUCACAGGAAGUACAGCCAAAGACACCAUCGUCGCAGGGCGCGAUGGAGGCAGAGAUUACACCGAAAUCAACUCCAUCCCCCCUCUGCCCCUGUACUCGCUGCUGCUGGCCGACCAGGACACCGCCUACAAGGGGCUAGAGGAGGCGGCGAAGGCGGCGAAAGGGGCAGAUGGAGAGGUGACCCAGAAGUCUGCAGAGGAUCAGUAUGCAGACCUCUUCCAGAUGCCCACAGUCACUACAGACGACUUUGUGAACUUUGCCACUGACAAACCAGAAAAGAAAUCCAGAGUAAUCAACCUCUCUCAGUAUGGACCAUCCUACUUUGGACCAGAACAUGCUCAGGUUCUGUCCAGUCACCUCAUGCACUCCAGCCUCCCCGGUCUGACGCGACUGGAGCAGAUGUUUUUAGUGGCUUUGGCUGAUACUGUGGCAACGACCAGCGCGGAGGUCACCAGCUCCAACGACAAACAAUACACAGGUGGUGAGGCGCUGGACGAGUGUGGACUUCGGUAUCUUCUGGCCAUGCGUCUUCACACAUGUUUGCUCACGUCUCUGCCUCCUCUGUACCGCAUGCAGCUCCUCCACCAGGGUUUGUCGACGUGUCACUUUGCCUGGGCGUUCCACUCGGAGGCAGAGGAGGAGCUGUUGAACAUGAUCCCGGCGAUGCAGAGAGGAGACCCCCAGUGGUCCGAGCUCAGGGCUGUGGGCGUGGGCUGGUGGAUACGCAACAUCAACACUCUGCGUAAAAUGGUGGAGAAGUUGGGUAAAGCUGCCUUCCAGAGAAACAAUGACCCGCUAGACGCUGCGCUCUUUUAUUUAGCCAUCAAGAAGAAAGCAGUUCUGUGGGGACUUUUCAGGUCACAGCACGAUGAAAAGAUGACUCAGUUUUUUAAGAAUAACUUCACAGAGGAUCGCUGGAGGAAGGCCGCUCUGAAAAAUGCCUUCUCUCUUUUGGGUAAACAACGAUUUGAACAGUCCGCCGCCUUCUUUCUGUUGGCCGGAUCACUCAAAGACGCCAUUGAGGUGCUGAUGGAGAAAAUGGAGGACAUCCAGUUGGCCAUGAUCGUAGCCCGACUGUACGAAGCAGACUAUGAGAAGUCUCCCACUUGUCAGGGCCUUUUGUACGAGAAGGUCCUGGGCUGUAACAGAGAUGGAACGGGGUACCACUGCUCUCGCCUGCACCCGGACCCCUUCCUCCGCAGCAUCGCCUACUGGAUCAUGAAGGACUACACCCUCGCCCUGGACACGCUGCUCGAGAGGAUACCCAAAGAGGAUGACGAGAAUCCAGAUGCCAUGGUGAAGUCCUGUAACCCGGUGGUGUUCAGUUUCUACAACUACCUGCGGACUCACCCUCUGAUAAUCCGACGUCACUUUGCAGAAGGCUCAGGUCAGACCACCGUGAGCCUCACAGCCGAGAAAAACACCGCGGACGAGAUCAACCUCAUCGAACGCAAACUGUUCUUCACCACGGCCAACGCACACUUUAAGGUGGGCUGUCCUGUUCUGGCCCUUGAAGUCCUCUCUAAAAUCCCCAAAGUCACUGUGAAGAAAUCAGGUUCAUCUCCUCUGAGCAAAUCCUCCUCAAAGGUCACUCUGAACUCCAGCCAGCCCCUGGAGAAUGGGACCUCCGGAGCAGGCCUGGACUGGGCUGCUCCAGCUGCUCCUGCCUGGGGAGGGGUCGACAGCGCCGCCACGAUGGACUGGAGCCAACCUGUGGUCAAAGCAGAGGACGAGCUGCAGCUGGACUGGGGGGAUGACAAGAACGAAGAGGAUGAUGAUGAUGAUGAGGAUGAUGGAGGUCUGGCAAUGAAGAAACCAGAGGAAAAUAAGACUUCUAAUAGUGGUCCAAAACUGCAGAGGGAGGACUCACAGGGAGAGUCUGAGGUGGACGUGAUCGCAGAGCAGCUGAAGUUUAGGGCCUGUCUGAAGAUCCUGAUGACGGAGCUGAGAACUCUGGCCACAGGGUUCGAGGUGGACGGAGGGAAGCUCAGGUUCCAGCUCUACCACUGGCUCGAGAAGGAGAUCGCCGCCAUGCACACCAUCUGUAACUACAAGGUGGAGGGUAAAGAUGAGGAGGAGUCUGAGCGCUGGGGAGAGCGCACUGGGUCCAUCGACAUCUCAGAUGACGUGUUUGAGCGCUCGGACGCAGGAGCUUAUGAACGCCACCAAAUGGAGCGGAGGCGUCUGCAGGCGAAGCAACAGCACUCUGAGAGAAGAAAGGCCUGGCUGAGGAAGAACCAGGCUCUGCUCCGAGUGUUCCUAUCCUACUGCAGUCUGCACGGGGCCAAAGGGGGAGGAGUCACGUCAGUGCGCAUGGAGCUCCUCUUCCUGCUGCAGGAGAGCCAGCAGGAGACGACGGUGAAGCAGCUCCAGUCUCCUCUUCCUCUGCCCACCACGCUGCCCCUGCUCUCCGCCUGCAUCGCUCCCACAAAAACAGUCAUCGCCAACCCCGUCCUCCAUUUGAGCAACCACAUCCACGACAUCCUGCACACUGUCACACACAUGAAAACGCCCCCACACCCCAACGUCUUAGAGGACCAGGUUUCUGCCCUGCACACAUUAGCCGCCUCCUUGUCUGCCUGCGUCUAUCAGGCCUUGUGCGACAGCCACAGUUACAGCAGCCAGACGGAGACCAAUCAGUUCACGGGGAUGGUGUACCAGGGUCUGCUGCUGAGUGAGAGGAAGAGGCUCCGCACAGAGAGUAUAGAGGAACAUAUCACGCCCAACUCUGCUCCUGCACAGUGGCCAGGUGUGUCUUCACUCAUCUCCCUGCUCACGUCGGCGCGAGAGGAGGACCAGCCUCGUCUCAACGUUCUUCUGUGCGAGGCGGUGGUGGCCGUGUAUCUGGCUCUUCUCAUCCACGGUCUGGGCACUCACAACUGUAACGAACUGUUCCGCCUCGGAGCCCACCCCCUCAACAACCGCAUGUGGGCCGCCGUGUUCGGGGGCGGGGCUAAAGUCAUCAUCAAACCAAAGAGGCCCGAAGCUCCACCAGCAGUCCCCCAACCUGCAGAGGACGCAGACAGAUACCGGAGGAGGUUCAAUAUGAGGAUGCUGGUGCCAGGACGACCGGUGAAGGAGACCCCGGCCACGCCCCCUCCCGUGCCCACCGAGAGACCGGCCUACAGAGAGAAGUUUAUCCCCCCUGAGCUCAGCAUGUGGGACUACUUUGUGGCAAAACCGUUCCUGCCGCUCUCUGACAGUAACGCUCUGUACGACUCUGAUGAAAGUGGGGCAGAAGAUGAUGAAGAUGAUGAUGAUGCUUUUCUGUCCGACACUCAGAUGACAGAGCACCUUGACCCCAACUCGUACAGCUGGGCUCUGAUCCGUCUCGUGAUGAUCAAACUGGCCUAUCAUAACGUUAAGAACUUCCUUCCUCUGGCUGGACUCGAAUCCACAGUAGAUUUGCCAGUAUCGUCUCCUCUGUGUAACGCUGUGCUGAAGACUCUGGAAAACUGGGAGCAGUAUCUUUUGGAGCAGAUGAACAAGUUUGACGGUCCUCCUCCGAAUUACAUCAACACAUACCCCACCGACCUGAGCGCCGGAGGGGGGCCCGCCAUCCUCAGACACAAAGCCAUGUUAGAGCCAGACAACACGCCAUUCAAGACAAAGAAUCACCAGUCGUUCCCGGCUCGGCGUCUGUGGCACUUUUUGGUCAAACAAGAAGUCCUUCAGGAAACUUUGAUCCGAUACAUUUUCACUAAAAAGAGGAAGCAGAGUGAGUCUGUAGAUAUGGACCAUGUAAAACCCAACUGCAUAGCUGGAGCUAGCAGUCCCAAGAAGGUGGAGGCUGAUCUGGGUUAUCCCGGAGGCAAGGCUAAAAUCAUCCACAAGGAGUCGGACAUCAUCAUGGCGUUCGCUAUAAAUAAGGCAAACUCUAAUGAGAUAGUUCUGGCCUCCACACACGACGUGCAGGAGGUGGAUGUGUCCACUCUGGUGUCUGUGCAGCCCUUCACUUGGAUCGGAGAAGAUUUUGACAAAGAGUCACGCAGCUCAGACGACGUGGAUUACCGCUCGUCUCAAACAAACAUCGCUCACACCACUGGCUCUGCCCUUCGCUCCGGAGAGAUCCCCGUCUCUGCGUCCAUGCCCUGGUUAGGCAGUGGACAGACCAGCAUGGGAGCCAGUGUGAUCAUGAAGCGAAAUCUAAACAACGUGAAGAGAAUGACCUCCCAUCCCAUUUAUCAGUAUUACCUGACUGGCGCUCAGGACGGCAGCGUGCGCAUGUUUGAGUGGAACAGACCUCAGCAGCUCAUCUGCUUUAGACAGGCCGGAAACGCCCGAGUCACACGCCUCUACUUCAACUCACAGGGGAACAAGUGUGGAGUUGCAGAUGGAGAGGGCUUCCUCAGUCUGUGGCAGGUGAACCAAACGUCAUCAAACCCCAAACCAUAUCUGAGUUGGCAGUGUCACACUAAAACCUGUGGAGACUUUGCCUUCAUCACAUCAUCCAGUCUCAUCGCUACAGCGGGACAGUCCAAUGACUCCCGAAAUGUCUGCCUUUGGGAUACCCUAAUUUCUCCAAGCAAUACUAUGGUCCACGCGUUCCCGUGCCAUGAAAAUGGGGCGACGGUGCUGCAGUACGCCUCCAAACAGCAGCUGCUCAUCACCGGGGGCAGGAAAGGCUUCGUGUGUGUGUUUGACAUCAGACAGAGGCAGCUGCUCCACACCUUUCAGGCUCACGACUCUGCCAUCAAGGCCCUGGCCCUGGACCCCUUUGAGGACUUCUUUGUGACCGGAUCAGCCGAGGGAAACAUGAAGGUGUGGAAGUUGGCGGGUCACGGCCUGAUGCACUCCUUCAGCACGGAGCACGCCAAGCAGUCCCUGUUCAGGAACAUCGGCGCCGGGGUGAUGCAGGUGGAGACUCGCCCCGGCAACCGCAUCUUCACCUGCGGGGCGGACGGUACGCUGAAGAUGAGAGUCCUGCCCGACCGAUACAACAUCCCCAACAACCUCGUGGAUGUGCUUUAACGAAAGAGGGAAGAAGAAGGAGGCUAUACAAGCUUACAUUUGCUAGGCAUUAAAACAAAACAGGGAAAGAGCCAGUCAAACAUCUCGCUUUUGACUGCUUUAGGUGCAGUGUUGUUUGAAAAAUGGGUUUACGCUAGAUGUAAACAGAGCGAAAAACAAAGCUGCAGUUAUUUUUUCCCAAAGGCUCACAAAAAGCAACGUUACAAGCAAAAGGUACCAUACUUGAUUUUAAAAAAGCUUAGAUUUAUUGUAAUUUUACGGAGAAGUCUAAUCUCUCUAGAGUGUGUUUAUAGAGAAGCUAUGCAUGUCCUGUUCUCGUUACGCGGUGCAAUCACAGGUCUGUUGAUAGUGCUCUGUAAAAGUGCUCAAGCAAAAAUUUUAAAAACGUGUAUAUUUGUCGUCAUUUUGUGCCCACAGCUGAAAUCUCUCUUUAGCAUCUACUGUAACCAGCACUGUGGUUUGUUAUUCAGUCAGUGGUUUCCAGUGUGAAUCAAGUUAUUGGAUGAUUUUUAUUUCAGUUUUUAAUAGUUUUUCUGAACCCUUUCCUCCUCUCAGCUUAUGUCUGCCCUUAUGGAAAGAGUCGAUGGUCAUUGCUCCCUCUAGUGGCAACCCUUAGUCUAACCUCACCACUGCAUAAGGAGACUGAGAUCACGUUUUAAGGAUUUGGUCCUCGUCGGGCUGCAGGAUAUGAGAAAAAAAAAUGCAAUAUUCAAUUAUUAUGUUUUGUACUGCAAUAACAAUAUUCUUGUUACGUUGUAAUUCACUUUUUGGUGCAGUAAGUUCAGUUAAAUCAAAACACAAAAUGCUCAUGCCAUCAAACAACACUGAGUUAAAAAAAAAAAGGACAAAACCAAGACCAACCCAUGUCUAAUCUAGAAUUUAAUAAGCAACAUGAUUAAUAUAUUCUGCCAUUUUUACUAUUUUAAGUUCCAAAAAUAGCACACUAAAAUAAAUUUGCGUUGCGGUUUAUUUUCUUGCAAUACCGAUCGUUGCCUCAGCCAAUAUUGUAAUAUAUUGUUCAGCCUGUAGUCCACAGUCCUGGUCUGAGUCCUGGUCUGAGUCCAGGUUUAGAUCUUGGUCUCUCUUAUGUCCUGGUCCAUUUUGUUGUGCGCACUUUGCCUGCCCUCACUGCCUGUUCGGACGAUGCCGUGUUUGAAGUAUGUGAUAUCUGUUCCCCAUGUGUCUCGUCUGCUACAGAAUCACCCCCUCCCCACUCGCGGAAACACAAAAGAUCACCUGGUUUUGCACAAAAAUCUUGAAUUUAUUUAUCGUUUUUUUAAUUGCUAUUUAAUUUAUUUAUAUGUUGUGUUGACCAUUCCUGUGGACAAAGAUAUUUAUCUUAACAAUGCCUUUUAUUUUAGGAAUGUAAGGCUUUUAUUUUGAAAGAUGAUGUGCUGUUUCUGUGUGUUCUCCCUAUAGUUGUUUUUACCGUUUUCAUCGAUAAAGGAAUAAAUAUUUGCACUCAAAUUCUGGAGACACUAAAGGUUUUAUUUCCAAUAGAAGAUACUGUUAUCUAUAAAUGAAUGUCUGGCUUUAUUUGGCCUAGUAGUACAACGUUUCAAAUAGUUUUAUUAUAGAAAUUAUAUAAAUAUAAAUAUAUAUAUAUGAACUACCACAACAGCUUGUACAAACAUAAAGCAUUCGUUUAUUUUUUGGGUUGUAUCAUACCAGCUGGAUUAGUUGUACUUUUGUGUAUGUAGUAUUUAUUAUUGAAGAGAUGUGUUUUCUCCCAUGUUUCUGCCCACUACGUGUACUGUGUGUGUCUUAGGUGUUUAUCCACGGUUCGAGUGAGAAUGACAAAAUGGAGGAAGCCAAAAGUCAAACGUUAUAAAAAGGGCACAAGUCUGAAGUGUGUGAAGUUUGUGGCUAGAAUUUAUCUCAAAGAUGAAUAAAUCGUUUUAUUUCAUCAGA